AUGAGUAACGACAUCGGAGCGCUAUUGGGACAAGCCCAGCAAGCGGCCUCACAAGGGCAGAACCCGUGGACCGCGAUCCGAACCGCCUUCUACGACUCAGUCAGGCCGCAGUACCCAGGCUACUUCGUCAACCAGAUGUACGCGCUGUCAGCGCUGAUCGCCGUCGCGACCGUCCUCCUCGGGUUGUGCAUGGUCGUCAAGAUGAAGCAAGGGACCUUCUGGCUCGUCCGCAUCCAUCGAGCCACGGGCGGCUCUUUCGUCGUCCUGCACUACGCCAACACCUAUUCGACGCUCUUCUUCUUGUUCUACGCCGUCCUGCAAGGCUACAUCUGGCAGACAGAGCGGUACACGACGGGUCAAUGGGCACCGAACAACGACGUUUGGCGCAUGGUCGUCUGGAUUCCAGGAUGGCUCGCUUUCUGGCUCGCAGCGUGGUCGCUAGCCGUUUCUCACAUCCUCCACCUCGACUCCUCCGGCCGCCCAGCACGCACCUUCCUCGCUGAAGCGUGGUUCGUCAACGCUAUCGGCUUUGCGGUUCCUGCCGGCACGACUGCGGCAGUCGCCGUUUUGUCCUGGCGCGCGCACCACUUCUACAGCGCUGCGCUCGACACUUACUCGACGCUGGACUCGGCGCUUGCGGGACUGGAGAAAUCCUACAACGGGACGUUCAACCCGAGCGCUUUCGCAGGACAAGGCGCCGAGCUCUACAAGCACUUUGAGGACAACCUCGAGACAUUCGGACUCUUCUUCCGAUGGGUCUUCAUCGCCUACCUGAUCGCCAGUAUGACUCUCUUCUUCGUCCUCGUCGCGACCGCAACGCUUCAUCUCCGCGAGCUCCGAAAGACGAUGAACGAGCUCACGAACCGGGCGCACCAGUCGGAGGAGGCUCGCGAGCAGGAGGCGGUCAUCAAGCGCGGUUACGACGGACUCGUCCAGGUCACGUACUCGAUUAUCACAGCUUCCGUUGCGAUCAAUGUCCUCUUUACCUUCGUUAGCGCAGCGGGACGAAAGGUCAUCUUCGACCGCAACUUUGCCGAGGUCGCCUCAUUACUCCCACUCUGGCUCUUCGCCGUUCUUGGUCUUCCUCUUUCGCUCCUCUACCUCCGACGACUCGUCAACAACCCUCCGCCCAGGUCGGCAGCGAAGGAGCCUGGCACGGACUCGCGCGUGCACGCAGUCCCGCUCAAGACGCACGAGAGCUUCUCCAAUCCGUCUACUCUCGCCGACCACAAAGUCCCCGAACUCGUCGAGGCGCACCCGAUGGAGGUCAUGCCGCCGGUCGCAUACCAUCAGCAGCACGUCGCGCCGCCGUCGGAGGAGGACUACAGUGCGCGGAACUCGCAGAGUCCCGUCCCGAGCCAUGCGAGCGUCUCGCCGCUCGUCGAGGCGCCUUUCUCGACUGUCACCGGCCAGCCGCUCUACUACGAGGCCCGCCAGCCGCAGCACCACGCACCGGACGCCGCCCUCGCCUCGCCGUCGAGGAAGAAAGGAUGGAUGUGA